UUGGACGCAGUCCACUAUUUGCACGAUUUACUAUAAAAUAUUUAGCGUCGUGGGUGCAACAACUUCACAAAUCUGUUGUCGCGGCGGAAAGCAUCCGCACUCAGGGCGGUCUUUUUAAGAGAGAGACAUAAGAUACUGUUCUUCCUCCCCUAAAACAAUAUUAGGAAAAGGGCUGAUAUGAAGAACUCUAGUAUGUGGCGGGAUGUCACGCCAAACCCUGACACUAGCCAGACCUCACACGUGAUUAGUCAGUGAUGGACUGCUCUCCUUCUCUUCUUUGCUCCACAUUCGCCAUGCAAUACUGAACACGCGAACUCGUUAAAAAUAAAAGCUCCAAAGACGAUUUUUUUUCCAUCCUUCGAAGUUCAAUAAUUUCGCCUUCUUCAUUUCACCGCGAUCCGAUUCAGUAGACAUCUAUGAAGCGCAGGAGAUACCAGUGCUGUUUCAGUUUCAUUUCUUUGCUAUGCUUCGUUCUAACGGACUUGGUGACCGGUACGAGCUUGAUGAAAAGAAUCCGGGAAAAACAGACUGUUGACAAUGUUGUUAUGAAAGGAUUAGAAAUGACGAGCGAGAACUGGAUAGAAGUGCCGCAACCUGUCCAGGACGUUCUGAUGUCCAUUGAUGACAAGUUGAGAAGUUUGGAUACUUUCGGCUACACUUUGAAAUUGGCACGGCUGGAUUUUUCCCUGGAGCAGCUAGUUAGACGCAUGGAGAAUAUAGAAACAAAAUUGGGAAGCCUCGAAACGAAAUUCGAUGUGCGAAUGAUUAAAGUGGAAGAAGUUGUAGUUAGUAAGGACAUUAAAGAAGAAUUUUCGAACGAGCAUUUAAAUCGACGAAUGGAAAGUUUAAACGAAAAAAUAAAUAACAAAGCUGCAUACUUAGAUGCGAAAUUGGAUAUAAAAUUCGAGCGAGUGCUGAACAAACUAGAAUUGUUGGAGAGGGAGUUGCACAGCACCGUUGGCGAUAUUUUGGAACGACUCAUAAGAAAUGAAGAGAGGCACGCGAUGAUGGAGAGUGAAUUGGCAAAGAAAGAAGAAAAAUUGGAAGAAAUUUGCAUGAAUAUGAAUGACUAUCAUCAACUACUUAAGAAUGAAUUAUUAACAAUCAUUACAAAGAAUUACGAGGACCACAAUUUACAGCUGAAAAGUAUUGACGUGUUACUCAAAAAUAACGAAAAUAAAAGUGAAAAGGCAUUAACGGAUUUGCAAACAACUGUCUCAGGUACGAAAGAUCGAAUGUUAACGAUGCUUCAAGACAGUCAUAAGAAAAUUGACAACCUAUCAGAGAGUUUUAACCAUGGCGAAAGAAGCAGAAGCAUUGACAUGUGUGAAGUCAAUACAGCCGUAACACAAGAACAACUGGAAAAUUUGACUGUUGUCUUACAAAAGGCUCUGACAGUUGGAGAAACAAAAUUUCAAGAGCUUGACUCUGAUGUAGAACUUUAUACAAAAAAGGUAGUGAAUGGAAUUCAAGAGCUGUGGAAAACGUCGGAUGAACUGAAAUUAGACUUAUCGAACACAUUAGAACAGGGAAGCAGAACAAGAGAUUUCGUACGAAGAGAAUUCCAAAGACUCCAUGAGCAAAUUGAACCAUUGCCAAAUUUAGAGCCAAAAAUUUCGAACAUUAGCGAAGAUUUAGAUAAAAAAGUUGUCGAACUUAGUAACACAGUUGACAGUAGUUUUUCUACACUGUUGGUAGCACAAAAUACAUUUAUCGACUCGUGCAGACGGAUACAGGAAGAAGAAACCCACAUCUAUGACAUCCUACAACAGAUAGUGUACGAAAUGCGAAAUCGAUCAAUUGCUGACAUACACAAGAUCAGCUCAGAGCUUCAGACUCAAAGUUUGCAGUUUAACAAAUCACUUGCGAAUGUUUUGACGACAGUGUUGCUUACUGGUAACAUUACUACAAACGCUAUGAACGAACUGCUUGAACAGCUACGCCAGAGGGAUCAAUGCAUAGUGUUAAAAAUGGAAAGCUUUAAUUACAAAACAAUGGAAUCCGUCUGCAAGCAAUUAUCUCUUGAUGUGGAGACAUCUCGAAGUGACGAGAGUGAGAGUAAAUAUGAAAAUGAAGAUAUUAGUGACGAUACAAUGCCUGACCAUUCAAUGCUUAAAAAUAGGCAAGUUUACGACAAGGAUUCUCAACAAAGUGACUCUUUUCACGUCAAUGAUUACGACAUGGAUUACCAAUUGUCAGACGCAGAGUAUAAAGAAGAUACAUAAAAAUAUGGAAGUGAAUGUGCUUAGCAUAAAUCUCAAUAAUAAAUUAAUCAUGUUAAUUUGCAACUUUAAAGAAUGAAAAAAGUGAAGAUGGAACGUUUUCGUACUUGAAUGUUAGAAAAUUCUUAUACAUGUGUACUGUUCUUAAUAAAAAGAAAUUCAAAGCAAAAAUUUGUUUAUGUCAUUACAAAACUGGAAACAAGAAAAUGUAUUACUUCAUAACAAGGUUACUUCGU